AGCGUCGCUCCGAUUCAAAGCAGGAGUUGCUGUGCGCCACGGGUGGAAAAAUAAUUGUGGAUUUUGCUUUAUGACUUUUGAGCAGUUCCCUUCGCGCGCAACCCGGUGAUAAUCCCAUACAUGUUGGAGUAAUCGGCGAGUUUCAGUCACAGUCACCCGGUGGUGACGGUAGCGCACAGGCAGGCGGACAGACACCUCGGCGCGCACGGAGGACAAGCGGCCACCAUGCUCUUCCCCUGGGAGAGCUCCUGCAACACCACGGGCACAAACUGCACCGACGGGUCCAACUCAACGCAGCCGCUGGAGUCCGGUGCGGCCGCCGGAGACAUCGGCGGGAAGAGAAAUGACACCGACCCGUUCGGACGGAACGAGGACGUGGCCAAGCUCGAGAUCACCGUCCUGAGCCUCGCGUUCCUCGCGGCGGUGGUGGGGAACGUGAGCGUGCUGCUGGCCAUGUACAAAACGCGGCGGAAGCUGUCGCGCAUGCACCUGUUCAUGAAGCACCUGAGCCUGGCGGACCUGGUGGUGGCCUUCUUCCAGGUGCUUCCGCAGCUCUGCUGGGAGGUCACCUACCGCUUCCACGGCCCGGACUUCCUGUGCCGCGUCGUCAAGCACCUGCAGGUGUUGGGCAUGUUCGCCUCCACCUACAUGAUGGUGAUGAUGACCCUGGACCGCUACAUCGCCAUCUGCCACCCGCUGCAGACGCUCCAGCAGCCGACGCAGCGCGCGCACAUCAUGAUCGGCUCGACGUGGGCGUGCAGCCUGGUGCUCAGCAGCCCGCAGUACUUCAUCUUCUCCCUGAGCGAGGUGCACCCCGGCUCGGCCGUCUACGACUGCUGGGGACACUUCGUGGAGCCGUGGGGGCUGCGCGCGUACGUCACCUGGACGACGGUCGGGAUCUUCCUCGUGCCGGUGGCCGUGCUCGUGUUCUGCUACGGACUCAUCUGCCGCACCAUCUGGAUGAACCUCAAGUACAAGACCCGGAGGAACAAGACCGCGGGCUCCGCGGCGGAGUCCAAAACCGGGGUCCUGAGCCGGAGCUCGGUCAGCAGCGUCAGCACCAUCUCCCGCGCCAAAUUACGCACGGUGAAGAUGACUUUCGUGAUCGUGCUGGCGUACGUGGUGUGCUGGGCGCCUUUCUUCACCGUGCAGAUGUGGUCCGUGUGGGACAAGACCUUCUCCUGGGACGACUCCGAGAACACCACGGUGACGCUUGCCGCCCUGCUGGCCAGCCUCAACAGCUGUUGCAACCCCUGGAUCUACAUGAUCUUCAGCGGCCACCUCCUCUCGGACUUUGCGGGCAGCAUGCAGUGCUGCCGCCCGCUGAAGGCCAAGUUAAACCAACAGGAUUCGGUCAGCAGCAGCCGCCGGACCACGCUGCUGUCCCGCCUGCAGGGUCCGCGCCUCUCGGAGCCGUUCAGAGACCUCAACCCACCCCCUGAAACCUGCCCGCAGCUCCCAUCUGCAUCCUGAACACUGGAAACACUGCCUGUUGUGUCCGUAAAACAUGAACUGGUCUCAGUCUGCUGGCUUGUAGCGGCGAAGGAAGGUAUGAUCUCAUUUGAGGGCGCGGUCAAAUCUACAGCUCGCUUAUUUUGGUCCGAUCCGUAGUGGAAAUGUUUACUCUGUGGCAAAUGUUCGGUGCUUGUUUCUUUUAGCUUCACACGGCUGCUAGAAAAAAAAAAAAGAGUUUUAAUGACGCUUCUCAGUCUGCCAGGUUGGAGAUUUUGUGGGUUUAAAACGGAGCCAAAACAAAUCCAGUCACUUUAACUUCAGCUAUUAGCAUGCUGGUCUUGUCUGUGCUAUUUGCUGUAAUGUAACUUCUUUAGAAUCAUCUGUUGACACUGAGAUUCAUUUUGUGAUGCAUGAGUAAACUAUAGCUUUCGUAUGUCAACAUGCAUGUCUCUAUACCCAUGAGCCCAGGAGCUGUAUGUGGGGUUGUUUUCUAUAGAUCUGUGAGAUUAUAGUCAGUGAGGGAACUUGGUAUAACAAAGCUAACUACUCGCACAUAACGACUGUUGAGCUAUUUGUGAAAAUGAUUUGGGCGUGACGACUGCUGGGACCAAGUUGGACCGGUCCGGGUCUGUCCCAGCCUGGGUCAGUAAUGUGUCACAGCGCAGUCUCAACACUUUAAAAAAAGGUACUAGUGCAGCAGCAACUAAUGACUAUUUUCAUUAUCAAUUAAUCUGACAGUUAUUUUCUUGAUUGUUGGUUAAUCAUUUGGUCUAGAAAAUGUCCGCAAAUAGUAAAAAAAAAUGCCCUUCAGUAUUUUCCCAAAAAAAAGUUUACAUAUUCAAAUCCUUCGUUUUGUAGAACUAUCAGUUGAAACGUCAAAGUUUAAGGUCAGAAAACCAGCAAAUAUUUAUGUUUGAAGAGCUGGAAUUUGGGGUAAUUUUCUUUAAAAAAAAAAUACAAAAAAAAAAAAAAAAUCGACUUUAGCAAUUUAUCUCAAAUUUGUUGCUGAUUCAUUUCUAAGUUUAUCAGCUCUAAAAGGUGCACUUAUUUCCGUCAUGCAUAAUUAUUAUCACUUUGGCUAUUAAAUGGAAGAGUGAUAAAGAUAAUCACAUUGCACUUUGUUUAGCACACAAAAAAAUAACAUUAACCCUGUGAAUACACUUCUUUUGAAACAUGGUUGAUUUGACUUAUGAUGUCUAGACACACGCACACAGCUUUGCAUUAAUGGGGUCCGCUCUCUUUAUAGAUUUUCCCAGAUGUGUUGUUGUUGUAAAGAUGUUUCGUCAGUGUAAUGUUUCCUGUCAUCUAUAUAUUGUAAUAUAUUGCACAUGCAAAGAAAGAUAAAUAUUAUUCCUUGUAUCGUCA